AUGGAACAAAAUAUUAAGUUACUGUUUUUUACUACACUUUCUUUCUUUAUAAUUUUAAGUUGGAUAUGUCAUUUUUACAAUGAUAUGAGUACUUUUAAUAAAUAUUUAAAUGAAAAUUAUAAUCCCUACGAAAAAAAAGAUAUAAAAACAUAUCGAUUACUAGGAAAAUAUAAACAGGAUCAUAUAUCGAGUAUUGUAGGAUUAAAAAGUGUUAUACCAAAUAACGAACUUAAAGACAAAAAGAAUAUAAGUAAUAGCCAAAAAGAGGAUAAAUAUAAAUAUGUACAAUUAGAUGAAAGUUCGAUGAAUAGUAUGGGACACCAGAAACAAGCUAAGAAAAACAAAUCAUAUAUAUUUGAAAUAAAAGACUAUUCUUAUCUUGAAAAAAAAAUAUUCAAAGAACUAGAUUUUUUUGAUUUUCUUAAAAACAACAGAACGAUUAGUGACAAUCUGCACAAAAAAGUAGUACGAAAAAAAUGCCAAUUACGCAUUUUUACACCUGUAAUAUUGUUAAUUCUGUUAUCAAUAUCUCUUAUAUUAGAUUUUUGCUGUGGUUAUGGCUUGAGAGGGGGAUUGUUUAAAUUAUUGAAAUUUUCAUUAGGAAGAACUCCAUUGGAUAAUUUAUACACAUUUUUGGAGACAUAUUUCGUUUCGUUUUUCAAGAUUGAUAUGGGGAAUAACAAAAUUUUACGUAUAACACCCUUUUUUGAAUUUCUUAUAUACUUCUCGUUGUUCGUUAUAUUGGGUAUUACGUUAAUAUUUGGUGUUCUUUACUACCAUAAAAAAGUUAAUAAAUAUGAAAAAAUUAAAUAUAAGAAAAGAUAA